AAUCUCAUCGCUCGUACUUCCGGUCGUCUCCCAUAGUAUUUCGGAACUUGAAGAGCCACUUUAAAGUAAAAUCUGUAAAUUCUCUCUAAACUAAACUAAAAUGCACAGUUUAUCGUCAUAUUUUCAUAAGAUUUCAUGGCAAAAUGAAAUUUUGCAAUAUCAAAUCUAAUUAAAUCAAAUCAAAAAUUUUAUUAGUGGUAUAUAAUUUUUGUAUGUCCAAAAAAGUUAUGUAACUAUUUAUCUAAUGAUAAUUAAAAAGAUAAAGCUGAUAAUGCAGCAAGUCCAAAAGAUCAUACUUUGAAUCAUCAUUGUGUAUAUAUAAUAAAGACAUACGUAGGUUUUAAAAAUUUAUAACGAGACUCGCUGUUAUGCAGAGUAUAAACUUGAUUUUAAAAACUUGUUUUGUUUUCCUAUUAUAAUUCACAGAAGUGUUAGUGAAAAUAUCGAUUAAACUGAUUAUCACAAGUAUGAUUAAAAUUAAAAUUUCAAUUUUUAUCUACUUUCAAAAGUUCAAUGAACUUAUAGACUAAAAUCAAUUAUACAAAAUUUGAACAGCAAUGGCUGACAUUAAAUAUGGAAGCCUUUCAAUUUCCAGCAUGACUGAGUUUGGUGGAAGAAUAAUACUCAUAGAUAUCCUAGCAGUCUUUUUUGGACUCAGUUCUUGGAUGGAAAUUAAUGGUUUAUGGGUAGAAUUACCUGUUCUGCUCCAAGUAUUGCCCGAAGGGUGGUCACUAGCCUCUUAUAUCGUAGUCAUCACCCAGAUAGCUAAUUUAGGACCAAUAAUUUACACUUUGGCAUGUAGAAAAUGGUCUUCCAGGAAAUUGGAAAUACCAGUGAUUUAUUUUACAUUAUCAAUUGGAAUCACUUCAUGUUUUCUGCUUACUUUUCUUUGGUCAAAAACAUCUGUUGUUUUUGGAAAUCUCCAUAGUACUGCACUUCUCUCAUUGGCAUUUCUUUUGGCAUUUGUGGACUGUACUUCUUCUGUUCUAUAUCUACCUUUUAUGGCACACUAUAAAGAAAAAUAUCUUUUAUCUUACUUAAUUGGUGAAGGCAUGAGUGGUCUUUUACCAGGAAUAGUGGCAUUAAUCCAAGGUGUAGGAGGAAAUGCAAAAUGCAAAUUAGUCAAUAAUACAAACACAACAAAAUGGAUACAAUAUUCUGAUCCACCUCUGUUUUCUGCUGAAACUUUUUUUGGAAUUUUAACUUUCUUGAUGAUAAUGAGUGGAUUAUCUUUUAUCUUCCUUCAUCUUCUACCUCAAAUUAAAGAAGAGAAAGUGAUGUCAACCACAAUUGUACCAAUUAUUUUCAAGAAAAACUGUGAUGAGAAUUUCGACAGUCAGUCAUCUGAACAAAGUAUUUCAUCUGAAACUCAAACAAGAGCAUCACUUGUAAAAUCUCGUGUACUAAAUAAAAGACGCUUUGUGACACUUUUAGCAUUUCAAGUAUUUUGUUGUGCUCUGACAAAUGGAGUUCUACCAGCAAUACAGACAUACUCAUGCUUGCCUUAUGGAAAUGUGGCUUACCAUUUAUCAGUGACACUCUCAAGCAUUGCCAAUCCUUUAGCAUGUUUUGUGGCUAUGUUCUUUCCCACAAAGUCACUGCCACUCAUCAGCUUGCAAAUGGUAAUUGGUACAGGUUGGUCUGUCUAUAUUAUGACAGCAGCAGUGACAAGCCCAUCACCACCUCUAAUACACACAACAGCUGGAGUAAUUUUAAUAAUUUUAUCUUGGAUAUGCUUUGUCAGUUUACUCUCUUAUGUUAAAGCAUGUUCCACAUCUAUCUUACGUCAAGAAGGAAGUCAUUUUGCCAUGAUGUGGUGUGGAGGCAUAAGCCAAAUUGGUUCUGCCACUGGAGCUCUUAUUGUAUUGUUACUAGUUACUUUUACUAAUAUCUUCCAAUCAUAUGAUGUCUGUAAAUCUUAUCAUGCAGAAUAAAAUGAUUAGUAUAAAGUUAACAAAAGUUUUCGAAAAUUGUCAUUAAUAUAUAUAACUGCAUUCAGAUUUUGAAACUAAUCUUAGAAUCAAUAACAAACAGUUUAAUAAACAACAACUAAUUCACAAAGAGACUCUUUAUUAUUACUAUCAUUAUCAUUUGACAACAUUCCAAAUAUAUUAAUAGAAAAUACAAAAUAUGAAUACAUAAAAAUUAAUUUUUUUCUAUUGUUAAUAUAGCAUUAAAAAAUAAAUUCUAAUUUAUUAAGUGAAUCUGAAAGUAUACACUUACUUCCAGCAAAAACAAAUUUUAAAAAAAUAUAUCUUCUGUAUCAUACUACAAAUAUUUUUCAUAUGUAACUUAGUAAUAUUUUAAGUUACAUAUUAAAUGCAUAAUUGUGACAUAUUUGAACAGUGUUUUUUGGGCAUUGAAUAUUUUUUUAAGAUUUUAUAUAUAAUCUCACUAUUUGCAAUAUAAAUCCAUAGUUUUAUGUUAAGUAAUAUCUCCUAAGAAUUAUUAUUAAUUUCACCAGGUCUACAGGCAUU